AUGGCUGCCGACUCCUCCUCCUCCUCCUCCCAGCCCCGCCUCACUGCGACAUACACCUCCCCGACCAACGAAGCCUUCACCCUCCCCUCCGAGCCCAUCCCGGUCGUCACCUCUGCGUCCUCCGAUCCGGCAACAGCAGCAACAGCCCAGCAGAAACAAGCAGCCCUGUCCGCCCUCCGCACCGCGGCAGUGCAGAUGCAGCAAGACAUCAACGCCCUCCUCACCGCGCGCAUGGACGAGGACAACCAGCGCGCCGCUGCUGCUGCCGCCGCCCUCUCAAACGGGACCGCCCCAGCCGGGGAAGCAGACAAGAAGACUGGGGCCAAGAACAAGGCACAGACCGUAGACGAGGACGCUGAGGAGGACAACUAUGGUGAGGAGGUUGUAGAUGAGGAUGAGUAG